UAUUAGUAAACGGUCGGUGUAGGUGACUACGAGGAAUUUGUUUGUUUAUUAUAAUCGAAGAGAUGGAAUCGCGUAUACCAAAACCAAAAAUCAUUUUAACAAACUCACUUAAUAGUGGGACAGAUUUUAGCAUGAAAAUGAAUACACGGGAAGCAUUAAAAGAUCAAAAUAAUCUGCACUUAACGAGUACGAACAGCCUGUCUGAAGUUGUAAACAAGGCAGAAAGCGUAUUGAACCUUAAUUCAAAAAAUACAAAAGAAAAUAAACCUUUGCCGAAGCAUAACGUAAGGAGAUCGAAAACAUUGUCGUCGAUUAACACCAGAGCUAUAAAGAGGCCAGCUAGAAAUGCUAAUGUACGUAUGGAAGUUAAAAAGGCGUUUAUUAAGCCUGCUGUUAAGUCGAUGAUUGUACAACAAAAUGCUACUACAUCGACGAGCAAUAAUGUCUGUAGAACUACUCAACUUUCAACGGUUAAAAAAAUCCAAAAUACUGGCGCGGUUAAAUUUUGCAAGUGGGACUUGAAAGGUCGUUUGGCUCACACAACCAAUGAGUUACUCGAUCUGCGACAAAAGUAUAAAGAAACCGAAUUAAAAUUGAACGAUCUUCAGAAUCAAGUAAAUACUUCGGAAGCAAAUGCAAAUUUGUACAAAUCGACUGCAUUCGAGUAUGAAAAUUUAAAUAAAGAGUUAAGCAAUGAACUCGAAGAACUGAAAGCGGAGAUGGCGAUCGUACAAAAACAAAGAGAUGAUUUAAGCAAACGUCUAAAAGAAACAGAAAAAUCAUUUGAAAUUGUUUCUGAAUCGUUAAAGGAAUUUGAAGCGAAAUGUAUUUCUCAAGAAACUCUCCUACUGAACCAUACGUCCGAAGUAAAAGAUUUACAAACAGAUCUGGAGAUACAAAAGAAAAGUAACGAAGAAUUGAAUACGAUAAAAAGUGACUUACAAUCUCUAAUUCAUACAAUGGACAUGGAUCGUAGAGUUUUACACAAUGCGUUACAAGAAGCGAAGGGAAAUAUUCGUGUAUUCUGCAGAGUGCGUCCUAGAACUCCGCGCGAAAAAGGAAAAAGAACAUGCAUUAUGAACUUCGUAGACGAGUGCACUAUCGAGUUGAGUAAAAUGAACGAAUCCGAUACGAUUAGUUGUAGCGGAAAGAUUAGAACAACGCGGCAGGAAUUCUCCUUCGAUAAAGUUUUUCCACCCGACACUAGUCAACAAGAUGUCUUCGAGGAGUUAGCUCUCUUAGUUCAAUCUGCCUUAGAAGGUUAUAAUGUUUGUGUAUUCGCGUAUGGUCAGACUGGUUCUGGUAAAACGUAUACAAUGGAAGGUUUGCCUGGUAUCGAUACAGAGGGCAUGAUACCUAGGACAGUACGGCACAUAUUUAAAGAAAUGAUGCAGUAUAAAUUGCUUGGGUGGGAGUUCCAAAUAAAAGCGAGUUUCCUUGAGAUUUAUAACGAGCUUAUUGUUGAUUUACUUGAUUCUCAAGCGAAAACGCACGAGAUCCGAAUGACCGACAGUAAAGGGCAAGAUUUAUACGUGAGCAACCUAAAAGUACAGGAAAUACGUAGCCCCGAAGAAUUGCAUCAGUAUCUUUUGAUUGCGCAACAUAACAGAGCAGUUGCAGCCACUCAAUCGAACGAACGAUCAUCAAGAUCACAUUCGGUCGCGAGAAUAAAACUUAUCGGAACACAUAAAACGAGAAAUGAAGUUUCGAUAGGGAACCUAAAUUUAAUAGACUUGGCGGGUUCUGAGAGAUUGAAGAGCGAGGAAUCGGUACGAACGACCGAGACAAAAAAUAUUAACAAAUCACUGGCGAAUUUAAGCAACGUUAUUCUAGCUCUUCUGAAAAAACAAGAACAUAUACCUUACAGAAAUUCGAAACUUACUCAUUUGCUAAUGCCGUCUCUGGGUGGUAAUUCGAAAACAUUAAUGUUACUAAAUAUUUCACCUUUGGACGAGUGUUACAAUGAAACAUUAAAUUCGUUAAGAUUUGGUAGCAACGUGAACAGUUGUAAAACAGGUAAUGUAAAGCGAUCGCGAAUGGUUUUGCAACAAAGCAUGUAA